CGGCGUAAAAUAUUAUACAAAGAGCCAACAUAAAUAUGAAAUCAUGUCGGUGCACGUAGUUUAUAGUAGAUCACUUGGAGUCAAGUACAAAGCUUCUGUUUGUUCUAAGGCAUUUAUUUUAUAUGUUGUCAUAACGUUAUUAACUUUUAUUUUGCCGUUGUUAUUUUGUUAUCGAAGCAGUGGACUAUGGAUUAAGUACGAGAAAUACAGAGAACAGCCUAUGGUACAAUUUAAGUUGCAGUAUUUGUUGUAUGCUGAAACGUCUGAUCCCAUGUCUCCGUUGAUUUGCGGUAAUUUUCCGCAGACGUUAAAAACUACGGGUUUUUGUUCUACCAUCAAGGUUAUAGAAGAAGACAUUAACAUUGAUGGGAAAAAAGAAUUUUUGGAUUUAGAGUUAUAUUUGACUAUGAAUGAAACAUUAGAUGUAUAUUCUAUAACUUUAUUGCUAAUAUUUGAUUUCAAAAUACAAGAUUUGUGUUUACUUGAAAUGGAAUCCAUGGCAGUAAUUACUCACAGUUCUGGAUUACCAGGUGGUAGACUGGACGUAUUUGGCGAUUUACACUUGACACAAAAAACACCUUUAGAAUGUACGCCGAGGAAACCUAUUCGUAUAAAUAGACCUAUAUUUUUAUUUGGAUCUCCUGACUGGCUGGUUAAUAUAUAUGAGGAGUACUCAAAACGGAUUCUUUCUACUAAAUUGGAUAACGUUUUAGUAAAGUGGACAAGAGGUCGUCCUUAUAAACAGCCAUUUCUGAUUAAAACUAAAAUAAACUACGAUUUUGUAGAAAUUUUAUACAAACCAAAGUUUUGGCAAGUAAUGAAGUGGGCGUGGAUACAAUAUUUUUCAAUACUUGUGUUAUCAGUAUAUAUAUUUAAAAAAGUUAAGCGAUUUUUAUUUACAAAUCAUAUAGUUACUACGAAAAUAGAACGUGCAACUUAG